AGUAAAUAAACAUGGCCGACGAAGAGGACUCGUCGCAGGACCCCGCCGCGGGUCCUCCGCGGUCGAGCUCUCAGAGGGGCCGGAUUCACUCCGUGUCGUUCUCCGAGAGCGUCCCGCCGGCCGUCGGAAUGGUUAGCCAGCUACUCACCCAGCCGUCGUCGCUCAAGUUCGACAAGAACAUCAAGCAGGCCUUCUACAACACCGGGGCCAUGAUCUUCGUGGCUAUCUGCUGCGGGGCGGCGGUGCUGGUCUACUUCAUCCUCGAGGCCUUCCUCCGGCCGCUUCUCUGGGCCGUGUUGUGCGGCACCUUCCUCCACCCCUUCAAGCACUCCCUCGCCCGGCUCGGACGCUCGUGGCUCGGCGGCCUCCAGGACUCCGGGACGCCCGUCAUAGUGGGAACUCUGCUGGUGCCGGUGUGGUGCGUCAACCACGCGGUGGAGCUGAUGGGCCGGCAGGUGCUGGAGAAGCUCCCGCUGCUGCUGGCCGUCGGAGCCGGAACGCCGCUGCUCUACGUGCUCUACCUGUCGUGGAGCGUCGUCGGCAUGCAGGUGCUUCUCGGCCACCUGUGGGGGAUCAUAGCGGCGGGGCUGGACUGUUUCCGCGCCGUGUGGGUUUGCACAGUGGUGGUCGGCUACUUGUUGGCGGUCUGCUUUAAGUGGAGCCCUCACACCGAAGGCUACUUGAGGUCCGCCGCCUUGCCCGUGUGGACCACUUUGCUUUUCUACAUUGUGUCUUUGACGGGCUCGUGGAGGGUUCCUUUAUUCGUGGUGGUGUCGCUGCUGCUCAUUGCGGGCUCCCAAGAGAAGCCCCCCGUCCCUGGCGGAGGUGAGCUGCCCGGGCGGGUGUUGUCAUUUGCUGCUAACACGAUUUUCAUGGCCAUCUCCUGUGGAAGCCAACACUCCAAAACUGAGCCUACUGAAGGAUGCGCCGCAGAUGGCAGCGAUUCAGUGGGCAACGUCAUUGGCACCCCAGGUUUCCCUCAGAGCUCCAGAAGAGUGCCAUCCGGUCUCUUCCAGAAGAAGUCCUCCCGCCGGGCCAGCGACAUCUACUUCAUCCUGCUGGUGUGGGCCAUAGUCCUCGUCCAGAUCUGGCUCAACUUGUGGGUCCUCCAGCUCUUGCCCAUCCCCGUGGCAGUGUGGGUGAUGAAGAAGCUGGUGGUCCAUUUUGGCUUGAAGAGCUUCGCGGCGAGGACUCUGACCUCGUGGUGGGCCGUGCUGGAGAAGUUCGGGCGGGAACGAGAGGACGCUCUGCUGCCGGGUCCGAUCAAAGGCUUGGCUCACUUCUUACUGCGUAUCGACACAAAGUUUCUGCAUGGAUGUAGGAGGAGGCAUCCGUUUGAGAUGGCGGUGUGGUUGGAGCGCUCGCUGGAUAAAAUCAUCAGCAUCUUCAUCAUCAUCCUCCUGGUGGCCGGGACGCUCCUCAUGGGGCUGCUGCUCACAGCCAUGGUUCACCACGAGAGCGCUCACAUCAUCGAGGUCACCAGUAAUCUCAUCAACGAGACGGUCUCCAACCACCCAGAAUGGGCAAACUUGCUACCUGAAACUCGCGUGGUCCAGAAGGCUUUGAAUUCGGCGGCCACAAACGUCUACGAGCACGGGAGGGAGUGGAUCACGCAAAAACUCCACAAGAUGUUAGGAGACAAAGUGAACCACACGGACGUGAUCGAGAAGCAGGUUCUGGAGCUUUGGGACCGACUCUACCACUCGUGGUUUGUGAAGAACGUGACCCACUCCGGUCGCUCUCGUGGUCCCAAGUUGAACAUCCAGAGAGCGAACAGCUGGCUGGUGGACAUCCUGGACUGGAAGGACGUGGCCUCCUUUCUUCAGGAGAAUAUUGAGACUUUGUGGUCUAUUCUGGAGUCUCUCUGGGUGGUGAUGAGCAGGAACGUUGGCCUCCUCAUCUCCACCACCACUACGCUGCUCACCGUCUUGUUUCACAGCGGGACGGCGCUGCUCAACUUCGUCCUCAGCCUGGUGAUCUUUUUGACCACGCUGUUCUACCUGCUGAGCUCCAGCGGAGAAUACUACAAACCUGUCAAGUGGGUCAUCAGCCUGACCCCCCUGUCGCAGCCGGGACCUUCGUCCAACAUCAUCGGGCAGUCUGUGGAGGAGGCCAUCAGAGGCGUGUUUGACGCCUCUUUGAAGAUGGCGGCCUUCUACGGCCUGUACACUUGGCUCACUCACACCAUCUUCGGCAUCAACGUGGUCUUCAUUCCUUCCGCCCUGGCCGCCAUCUUGGGCGCGGUGCCCUUCCUGGGCACGUACUGGGCGGCCGUGCCCGCCGCGUGCGACCUGUGGCUGGCGCAGGGCGAAGGCGUCAAGGCCGCCCUGCUGCUCGUCUGCCACCUGCUGCCGACCUACUUCGUGGACACGGCCAUCUACUCGGACAUCUCGGGGGGGGGUCACCCGUACCUGACGGGCUUGGCAGUGGCGGGCGGCGCCUACUAUCUGGGUCUGGAGGGCGCCAUCAUCGGGCCCAUCCUGCUGUGCAUCCUGGUGGUGGCGGCCAACAUCUACAGCGCCAUGCUGAUGAGCCCCAACUCGGCGGCCCCCACCCCCAUCCAGGCGGGCUGGCCCCAGCCCGGGGACAGGCCUUUGUCCGAAUCGACACCCUCCGUCCUGAAAAAAAACAACAGUGAGUGACGGUGGACUAACGGAAAGGCGCCCGGCUCGCCUCGACCGUUCCUUCCUCCCUCCCGUGCGGCUCCGGCGAGACGGCGUAACGAGGAAGGCGACGCCCCGGCCGCUCACCCGCAACGCCGCCCUGAACAAAACGGUGCCCGCUGGCCGUCAAAUCAAAAAGGUGGAUACGGAAUUGUUUUUAUGAUGAAACCACGCCUGUCGCACUCACCUUAAGACUCGCGUAGUCUUCGCUCACAUGUCCAAUGUGGACUUGUCCUCAUGGUCGCUCGCUUAAACACCAACAUUUGGCCAAGUUUAAGAAUUGGACAAAGUUGGACGCUUACCAUAACAAUACAAGAGAAUUAACUGGUCAUUUUAAUGUAAAAAUCAACAUAUUGUGGGAGCUUUUAGCCGUUAUCCUCUCCCCAUCAACAACUACCGUAAUUUCUCGAGUAUAAUGCGCACCCCCCAAAAAUCAGGAAAACCCUUGUACCAAUGUACAAUGCGCACCACCAAUUUGCCCCUACCCCCAUGCUCACAAUAUUAGGAAAAAUCUGUAUUUAUAUUUUGUUAGGUUUGUACUUGUAUUGUUUUUCAAAACACUGUCCCUCCAACAAUCAUUAAUAAUAAUAAUAAUAAUGCGCAUGUGCUGAUGUGGCGGUAAUAUAAUCUCGGGACAGGCCACAGGACACGCUCGUCCUGGUCCCUGUAAUUCUCAGAACAGAACCGGAAGCCAUUGAGGCGAGCUGUCGUCGCUUCGGACCGCGGCGCAACUUCCGGGUCGGCGGCGUCAUCGGCACGAGCGAUGACAUAUUUCUUUCAAAAGCAGCCGCGAAACAUUUUUUUGGGGGGGUCUUCGUUUAAGUAAAAACAAACUCACGGGGAGUCGUUUCUGAUCUUUGCUGCAGUAGCAACUAGCAUGCUACGCUAAUAUUAAUAAAAUGCAAGCUCCCGGAGGAGCUCUGAGAGCUCAGGUUGCCGUCGUAAAUAUAAAUGUGUAACACAAGACAUUGAAUAUCAUAUCGAAAUGUAUAUGUAUAUGUUCUUUAACACUCUAUGUAACUGUAACGACUAUACAAUGUGCUCGUUUUGUCAUAUUUUCCACCCAUACCUAAAUAUAAUGCACUCCAUUAACCUUUUAAAAAUAUUUUGGAAAAAUGUGCGCAUUAUUUUCGAGAAAUUACGGUAAAUACUUUUUGCCAUGGGGGAAGAAAAAAAAAAACUUUGGAGAUGCAUUUUUUAUUUUGGACUGAACGUGCUUAUUUGCACUUUUAUAAAAUUAUCUUCCGUUCGUUGCUGGAAAACUCAGCAUUAUGCUUUUACUUUGAAAUGCCCAAAGAUGAUCACGUGGUGUUUUGGUGCCAAAGAACUAUGUUGAUGUGAUGGUCGACGCGUUGACAAAGCCGCAUUUAGUAGUCAGGUGAUCGAUGCCUUCUUGUGUUAUCGAUCAUAUUUUUGGGAUGAGACCCACCCCCCCCCCCCUCCCCCACAGCAGUAGUUUUAGACUGAUUCUCGUGCGCAGGUGUCAAACUCUAGGCCCGGGGGGCCAGAUCCGGCCCUGCUACACGGUUUUAUGUGGCCCACGAAGGCAAAAAUCAUGUACGUCUACUUCCAUGAUUCAAGUUAAAAUCUGGACCAAAAUUUCAAAUGAUAACGCGGGAGAUAUUGCAAGCAUUUUUGACUUAGCAAACAUCAACAGUAGUUGAAAAACACGUAUAUUUCUGAUUCCAAAACGAGUUCAUAAAUUUAAUGUGGAAAUAUGACGAGGCGAUGGAAGGUUUGUAUGGUUUCUGUCCGAGGGAAACGGGAACGACAACCCGUGUUCUAGUGUUAAGGAUUUUACAUCUCGCACGCUUGGUCCUAUUUUCCACUGCAACAUUUGCAAGUGAAAAUCUUCUUUUGUAGGCGUUUUAAUCUUGCUGUCAUUUUGAAACGCGCUCCGAUGCUUUGGAUUUACCGUCAAAGGAUUUCACCGCCGCUGUGUCUUCAUCUGUGAGCGGACUCCUUAAAGGUCGUCCGUGCCAGCGCUCAGCGCUCGGGCUUCACUUUUUUUUUUUUUUUUUUUUUUUUUACGGCACUUUGAGUUCCGACUCUCGACGGUUUCUUAUCAUUAAUUCCAAACGCGAUCUGAUUUCUUCUCGUGGAGUAUCUGAGAUGAUCGCAAUUGCGGAACUGAGCUUUAAGCUCGAGGUCGGUCAGAAAAUUGUUUCACGUUUCAUUUUUUUCUUUGAAAGCCGGAAUAUCUUUCACAACUUAUCUUUGUCAUCGGGUUGGACAUACACAAACGAACGCGUUGAAUACUUCUACUGCUUCUAUGCCGGUUCUUUUGUGAGCGGCGGAGCAAUUUCACUCUUUUUUUUUUUUUUUUUCCCCCUUCGCUCCACUAUGUAGAGUAGGCUGCAAAAUGGCAACAACAAAAAAAAAAUCCCGUCUCUUCUAUUUCUCACUAAAAUUCUUUUAUCGCGUGUAUCAUUUUCACUCCACUAGCACUUUAAUAAGAGUACAAUUCUACAGCGCUUGUAGCCAAGUUUGUGCGGUAGAUGGUAUAGAACACGGGUGUCAAACUCAAGGCCCGGGGGCCACAUGCGGCCCGCCACGUGAUUUCAUCUGGUCCGUGAAGAAAAAUCCCGUGUAUCAACUUCCAUUAUGGAUGAUGACCAAAA